AGCCAUUAAGCAAAACGAUCAAGACACGUAGAUUUUGUUCUUAUUAGAAGAAUCAUUGAAAAAGUGAGCUUCAAUCUUCAAUUCGAUUCAUAAACCAAUAAAAUGUGCGCUUUCAGAGUAUUGACGAAGUUAUUGAACACCACCUCUUACGUGAAAACUUCGAAACCCUAUCAGCAUCACACUCUCAGAAAUCUUAUUUUGGAGUCUCCACCUUCUCAAUUCGUCAAGCUUCACAGACUCUCUGACGAAGAUUCUGGGAUUAUUGAGGUUAGGUUGGAUAGGCCUGACGCUAAGAAUGCUAUUGGGAAAGAGAUGCUGCGUGGUUUAAGAAAUGUGUUAGAAUUGAUUAAUCAGAACUCUGAUGCUAAUGUUGCUAUGAUCCGCAGUUCAGUUGCUGGUGUAUUUUGUGCAGGGGCUGAUUUAAAGGAGCGCAGAGCCAUGAAUCAAUCAGAGGUUAAGUAUUUUGUGAAUUCUCUUCGUUCCACAUUGUCAUUUCUAGAGGAGAUUCGUGUACCAACUAUUGCUGUUAUUGAAGGAGUAGCUCUUGGUGGUGGACUUGAAAUGGCUUUGGCAUGUGAUAUUCGAAUAUGUGGAGCAAAUGCUAUGAUGGGUUUGCCAGAGACAGGACUUGCUAUAAUCCCUGGUGCAGGUGGAACACAGCGACUACCUAGAUUGGUUGGAAAAGCAAUAGCAAAGGAUAUUAUUUUUACUGGUCGAAAGAUUAAUGGCAUCGAGGCGCUAUCCAUGGGUCUUGUCAAUUACUGUGUUGCUGCUGGGGAAGCUCAUUCCAAAGCACUUGAAAUUGCUCGGGUUAUCAAUCAAAAGGGCCCUGUAGCAAUAAGGAUGGCUAAAAAAGCUAUUAAUGAGGGUGUGGAAACUGAUCUAGCAUCGGCGUUGGUUUUGGAAGAAGAUUGCUAUGAUCAAGUGUUGAAUACCAAAGAUCGACUGGAAGGCUUGGCUGCAUUUGCUGAAAAGCGGAAACCAAGGUACACUGGUGAGUGAAAGGAAUAUUUUGCUGACUCUCUGUCUGUUGCUAGACAGCAAUGUAUAUCAUGUAGUGAUUAAAGUGAUGUGUAGAACCUGGAGGCAACAUAGAUGUGAAACUGUCACUACUUUUUUCUCUAUAAUCAUGCAAUUUGAGACACUGUAUUCAUAAUGAAGCAAUAAAUUCCACCUUUCUUUUUUCAA